AUUGGACACGUCCCCUUUAAUAUGUCUGCAUCUGUUUGAACAGUGUUUCUUAUUUGAAUAAAAUUUGGUUACAUUUUUCGUAUUUCGAGUUUCAAGUGCAUCAUUGUGUCCUAUAAAGAGCUCCACACAGGACAAAAGAGGAGGCACACAGUGACAUCAUUGUCUUGGCCUCUGGGUGGAAAACAAGAGAUUGAAAGGGAAUAGGGACUGUUUUGAAACCAUGGAAUAAAGAAAACUGCACAAGCCCCGGAGCCUCGGGCGAACACUGUGCAGCCUCCACACCCACUGCAGGAAUUCAGAGCAGCCGGUUUCCCUCGGUGGUUAGUCAGCUCAGCUCCAUUCUGCUCCUCGAGCAUGGACAGGAGGUUCGAGCUGGCCGGCUUUGGGCUGGCCUGCGCAGGCUGGAUCUGCGCCAUCUUCACCAAGUGCCUGCCCAUGUGGAAUGUGACUGGAACUGUGGACAACACCACGGACACUCUUGCCUUGUACUGGGAUGGCGUUUGGUUGAACUGGCAGGAACUCAACAAAGGGAGCUUGCACUGCAACUUCUACAUGUCUUUGCUGUCCCUGGCUGGCAGCUUUCGCUCUUGGAAUGCCCUGCUUCUGGCCUCUAUCAUUAUGGGAAUCUUCCCUGUGGUGGGCUACUUCGUAGCUUUUGUGUGGUUUCCUCAACGCGUACAGAUUAAGGCAGCGGCCGGGGUGGUCUUUGUCUUGAUGGGGCUGCUGCUGCUGGUGGUUAUAUCCUGGGCUACACACGCCACUUACAGUGAACUGGACACCGCCACCCACCUGACCAAGGGCUGGGGACCAGCUUUGUACUCGGGAUGGACGGGAACGGUGUUGCUGCUGACUGGGGGAGGAGGACUUAGUGCCUUUUGCUGUAAAGCACCCCCACAGGAACAAAGAGGACCCACAGGGCCGGAGGCAGACGACCCAUUCUUGGCAAUACACAGUGCUGCGUUCAAUUCAAGCCCGUACAGACAGACUACAAGACCUAUUUGAAAAACCUGCCGUAAAGACAAAAACACUGUAUACUUCCGAUGGAAUUUUUUACUUAUGGAACUUUAGACUAAUAUAAGACGGCUGAAAAUUUCAGCUGAAGCUGCUUUGAAAGCAACAACUUCUCAAACUUUCUGCACAUUUAAAGGGUUAAGAUGUAAACAGAGUGGUUCAGAGUGGUUUGGUGUGAAAUGCUCUGUUCUAGAGAAACUUACAGAGUCAGAAUCGU